GCCCGGGCGGCUCCGCGGGGUGAGGCCGCAGGUCGGGUCUGCGGGACGGGCGCGAUUCCCGUGGGCUCUGCGGGCUGCGAGCGGGGGUUUGUCCCUCCUUCCCUCCGCCGAGGGCCUGAAGGGUGCGAUUUGGCUUUCCGAGAGCGGGGUGGACAUGCCGGAGCGCCGCCCGUGCUGCGCCGCCUGCUACCCGGACAGGAGGGGCUGAGCCCCGCCGCUUCUCGGGCUGCGAUCGAAAUAACAGAGCGAAAACUGCGGAAAGAGCAGGAACGGAGUAUGGUAGGAUCCUGAAUGCAGUUGUCGUCGCGGAGGUGAAAGGCAUGGCAUCCCGGGAGCGGCUGUACGAGCUGUGGAUGCUGUACUGCAGCAAGAAAGAUCCAGAUUACCUGAAGCUCUGGUUGGAUAGUUUCGUUUCUAGCUAUGAACAGUUUCUGGAUGUUGACUUUGAGAAGCUGCCAACUAGGGUGGAUGAUGUUCCUCCAGGAAUAUCACUGCUUCCAGAUAACAUUCUUCAGGUCCUCAGGCUCCAGCUGCUACAGUGUGUCCAGAAAAUGUCAGACGGACUAGAAGAGCAGCAGCAGGCUCUGUCACUUUUACUUGUGAAAUUCUUUAUUAUCCUUUGCAGAAAUUUGGCUAAUGUGGAGGAGAUUGGGAUGUGCUCAUACGUUAACCACGUUAUCACCAUGACUACGUUAUACAUUCAACAGUUAAAAAGCAAAACAAAAGAGAAAGAAGUGGCAGAUCAGACCCCCAUAGAAGAAUUUGUGAGACAUGCAUUGGCUUUUUGUGAAAGUCUCUAUGAUCCAUAUAGAAACUGGAGGCAGCGAAUUGCAGGGUGUUUCCUUAGUACAGUUGAAAAGAGCAGACAGAAGUACAAACCAGCCUCUCUUACUGUUGAGUUUGUCCCUUUCUUUUACCAAUGCUUUCAAGAAAGUGAACAUCUCAAGGAGAGCCUAAAAUGUUGCCUGCUUCAUCUCUUUGGAGCGAUUGUGGCUGGUGGUCAGAGGAAUGCUCUUCAAGCAGUGUCUCCUGCCACCAUGGAAGUCUUGAUGCGCGUUUUAGCAGACUGUGACAAUUGGGAUGACAGGAACCCUGAGGAAGUGAGCAGGAAGGCAGAGCUGACCCUGAAGUGCCUGACAGAAGUUGUCCAUAUCCUUCUAACAAGCAGCUCUGACCAGCGGCAAGUGGAGACAAGUACAAUAUUGGAGAAUUAUUUCAAGUUACUUAAUUCAGACCAUUCAGCUUUACCUAAUGCAAGGCGGUGCAGGCAGUGGGAGAGCAAGUUCAUAGCACUCCAGAUACAAAUGCUGAAUACCAUCACGGCCAUGUUAGACUGCACAGAUAGGCCUGUUCUGCAGGCGAUUUUCCUUAACAGCAACUGCUUUGAGCAUCUCAUCCGACUGUUGCAGAACUGCAAGCUGUUUUUAAAUGCUAACAAUAAAGUGGCAGACAAGAGUGAGAAAGACCUUGCCAACAAAUUACUGACAGAAAUGAAUGAGGACCAGGUGUUUCAGGGACGCCUUGACUGCUUGGCAGUAUCGACCAUUCAAGCCCUCACAGCAGUGAUGCACAAGUCUCCAGCUGCUAAGGAGGUCUUCAAGGAAAGGAUUGGUUAUGCACAUAUAUAUGAGGUACUAAAAUCACUGGGUCAACCUUCACGGGAACUGCUGGAAGAACUCAUGAAUAUGGCUGUGGAAGGUGACCACAUGGCUGUUGGGAUACUAGGCAUUAGUAAUGUCCAGCCCUUAUUGCUGCUUAUCCAGUGGCUUCCAGAACUAGAAUCACAUGACCUGCAGAUUUUCAUCUCAAAUUGGUUGAGGCGAAUCUGCUGUAUUAACAGACAGAGUCGUGCCACGUGUGUCAAUGCGAACAUGGUCAUCCGUAUCAUUGAGACACUAAAUUCCCACUCUGCGCUCCAUUGUACUUGUGCAGAGAACUUGAUUGCCCUUCUGGGCUCUUUGGGGAGCCAGUCAAUGGGCUCAGAAGAACUGCUUCAACUAAUACGGCUCCUGAGGACUGAGGAACCAAAACAAGCUCACCCUUACGUUGUUCCAGUGAUGCGAGCCAUUCUAGCAAUGGCCCGGAAGCAGGGCAUGGCUAGUGCCUUGCAGUAUUUCAACUUGUGCCACAGCAUGGCUGGAAUUGCUGUUCCAUCAAUUCAUAAGUGGCCAGGCUCUGCAUUUUCUUUCAACGCUUGGCUCUGCCUUGACCAGGACCGAGUGGACCCUAGCACAACUAGCAAAAGUGGCAAGAGGAAACAACUCUAUAGCUUUUUUACAGGAGGUGGUAUGGGUUUUGAAGCAUUUAUUACAUGCUCUGGGGUAUUGGUGGUUGCAGUUUGCACGAAGAGGGAAUACGCAACGGUGAUGCUGCCUGACCAUUGUUUUUUUGACUCUCUUUGGCACAACAUAACUAUUGUUCAUAUGCCUGGAAAGAGGCCUUUUGGUCAGAGCCUUGUGUACAUCUAUGUCAAUGGACAGCAGAAGGUCUCUGCCCCACUUCGAUUCCCUGCCAUGAAUGAAUCUUUUACUUCUUGCUGCAUUGGUUCAGCUGGUCAAAGAACAACAACUCCUCCUCCAUCUCAGAUACCAGAUCCACCUUUUUCCUCCCCUGUUACACCCCAUCGGACAUCACUUGGGGGCAUUCUGUCUACAGGAAGUUGGGGUGGGAUGCUUGGAAAGCCAGAACUCAUCACCAAGAUGAUCUCGGCAGGAACUCAGGACAGUGAAUGGGGAUGUCCAACCUCUUUGGAGGGCCAUCUUGGAUCAGUUAUCAUCUUCCAUGAAGCGCUUCAACCUUCUCAGGUGAAAGCAUUAUAUUUAGCAGGUCCAAACUGUUUAACUCCAUGGAAAUCUCAAGAGGCUGAAGUAGCAGAUCUCCCAAGUAAGGUGCUGCUUCAUUAUACACCAAAGGCCUGCAGAAAUCAAAUUUGUCUUGACCUGUCCACAAAUCUUUUACAUGGAAGACUAACUGGAAACAAAGUAGUGAACUGGGACAUCAAGGAUAUGAUCAACUGUAUUGGUGGAGUGAAUGUGCUCUUUCCAUUGCUGGAGCAGAUCAGUUGUCUUGGUGGACAGAUGCCUGAGAAGGCCGAAGGAGAAGCUGUGCCUCCAGAACUGGUUACUCCUGUAGAGGGAGACUGGGUGGUGGUGUCAUCCACAAAGGCAUCAGAAGCACGCCUGGAGAAGAACAUUGUUGCAACGUUCAUCUUGAUGAUAAAGCAUUUUAUUCAGAGACACCACGUUAAUCAAGAAAAUCUCAUUCACUCCCAUGGAGCUGCCACCUUAGGAGCCUUGUUACAGAAGGUGCCAAGCAAUUUAAUGGAUGUGAAUGUACUGAUGGCUGUACAGUUGUUGAUAGAACAAGUCUCUGUAGAAAAGAACAUGCAACUUUUGCAACAGAUGUAUCACAACUUACUUUUUGACUUCAGUAUCUGGAAUAGUGGAGACUUCCCCUUCAGAAUUGGGCAUAUACAAUAUCUUUCUACAAUCAUCAAAGACAGCAGAAGACUCUUUAGAAAGAAAUACGGUGUUCAGUUUCUUCUAGACACACUCAGAAUUUAUUAUGGGAGUGGUUGUAAAGACAGUGAUUUGGCUCCUGAUGACCUGAGAACAAUACGGACAUCCCUCUAUGGACUGAUCAAAUAUUUCCUGAGCAAAGGUGGAACACAUGAAGAAAUACAGAGCAUCAUAGGUUACAUAGCUGCCACCAAUGAAGAGGAGCAGCUGUGUGGAAUUCUGGAGGUUCUCUUCAGCCUACUUCAUUCCAGCCCAAGCCCAGACCAGCUUUUUUUAUUGCUUUUUGAACCAGGGAAUGCUGAUAUUCUUUACGCUCUGUUAUUGCAUCAAAGAUACUCUGACAGGCUUAGAGAACUUGUGUUCAAGAUUGUGGAAGAGAUGCUGAAAUGUACUAAAGUUUAUGAACGUAGUAAGCACCGUAUGAGACUCAGAGAAGUGGGAUACUCUGGGCUGGGCCUCCUCCUGAAUGAAUCGCCAGUUCCUGUUUCUCUUAUUAAAAACCUUCUUAACCAAGUUCUGUAUGCAGAUCCGACUGUGAAUUAUAAAGAUCUCAUAGCUAUAGUGCAUCUGGCGCAUAGAUCAGACAUAAACGUGAGAGUCAUUAUCUGUAGAAAGGUUUUACACCUUUUGCAUUCCCAAUUGGAUGCAGCACAACAGAUUUCUCAGCAGCUGGGCUGGCAGGACACUUUGGUUAGACUAUUUCUGAAAGAAAACUCAGAGGUCCGGGUUGGCUUUAAAGAGAACAGGGCUGAUUCCUCAAGAGAAGAGGAAAAAAAGCCUCCUGCUGAAGAGCUUCAGAAACAUCAACCUGAUAAGACAGAGGGAGACAGAACUGACAGCUUUGCAUCUGUUAACGGUCUGUUUGAUCAGUGGAGCUUAGAAGACAACAAAUCCCUGGAUGUCCCUGCUCAUUUCUCUGCUAUGCCACUGGAAGAUGUAUCCACAGCAGAGAUGUCAUUUAGGUCAGAGGACCAAGAAGAAUUGUGGCACAGUAAUCCUUCGCAUUUGAGUUUAGAUCUGUCCAGUGUUGACUCUUACGAACUGUCUGACAUUGUGAAUCAGAUGACAGACAGCCAGCCCAGCACGCCGUCACCUAUAGAGAACACAAAGCCAUUCUCUGGGCAGCCUGACAAAGAGCUGGGAGUUACAAAUGAUGUGGGCUUCACCACUGAUCUUUCUUUAUUUGAAAACCAAGGAGGGGGUGAUAAUGAACUCAUGCAGUUACUUACAGACAUCCUACUGUGUGUUAUGUGGAAAGGCAUUGAAAAAUCUGAUGAUGCUGCUUGGAUCGAGAGAGGGCAGGUGUUUUCUGCACUCACCAAACUAGGAAUAUCUAAUGAGUUGCUGCGGCCUUCUGAUGAAAUAAAACUCAACUUGCUGGAGAAGAUGUUAGAAUGGUCAGUCACCGAUAACAGAGAUUCAAAAGCUCUCCCUACACAUGCUGAAAAUGCCUUCAUGCUCUUGCUAAUUGUACAAGAUUUCCUGCAGGCAGAAGGACUAGUUAAUUCAAAUUUAUGGACAGAAAAGAUCUUGGAAGAACUCGUAACUCUCAUGGAUAGCCUGUCAGUCUGGUACUCUGCUGGCCUAGAAGCAACCAGGCUUUCACAGGUGCAGGUCCAGUUGCUCCUUGGGUUCAUUGCACAAGAUAACUUACAGGUCUGUGCUAUGGCAGCAGCCAAAUUAAACACCCUCCUUCAGACCAAAGUAAUUGAGAGCCAGCCUGAAGCAUGCUACCUCCUGGGGAAGCUGGAAGGCAUAUUGAGUAGAUCAAUUAAAGAAAAGACAGAAACUUACUCAUUUUUGAUUCCUCUUGUUCGAACAUUGGUAUCCAAGAUUUAUGAACUUCUUUUCAUGAACCUGCAUCUCCCUUCGUUGCCUCCUACCAAUGGCAGCCCAUCUUUCUUUGAGGACUUUCAAGACUACUGCAGCUCUGAUGAGUGGCAAGUUUAUAUUGACAAAUAUAUUAUUCCAAAUAUGAAGCAGUAUGAAGAGAACUCGUUCAGACAUGAUCAUGAGCAGAUGGCACUUUAUUGGAAAGACUGUUAUGAAGCAUUUAUGGUGAAUAUGCACAAGCGAGACCGGGAGAGAGGAGAAAGUAAGCUUAAAUUUCAGGAGCAUUUUGUGGAACCAUUCAGGAGAAAGGCUCGACUGGAAAAUCUGCGGUACAACAGUAUGCUAAAGCAACUUCAGAGUCAGCACACAGCUACUCUGAGACAGUGGAGAGCAGCCCAGCUUUACUUGCUCUCUGAACGUGGUCCUUGGUCUGACAUGAAACAGCGUCCUAUUCACUGGAAACUUUCAAAUGUGGAGAAUUUUUCACGUAUGAGACUAAAACUAGUGCAGAAUUACAACUUCAACUCCCAUCAGGAUGCUAGUGACCUGAGAGAUAAUUUAGGUGUGCACCCAACACAGCCCUCUAGUGAGUCUCUGCUUUUGGAGGUGGUAAAGCAGGUGAAAGUGAGUGACUUUGAAGAUGAUGUUCUUGAACUACCAGAAGAAGACACAACAGCCAGUUCCAAUUUGGAUGAGAAGGAAGAGCAAAGUCAAAAGGAAAAGCUAAUAUUGUCUGAAGACUGUGAACUCAUUACAGUAAUUGAUGUGAUACCUGGCAGGCUGGAGGUCACAACCCAGCACAUCUAUUUCUUUGAUGGUAGCUUUGAAAAAGAGGAAGGCAUAGGUUUUGAUUUCAAGUGGCACCUUUCUCAAAUUCGAGAGAUACAUCUGCGUCGGUACAACCUGAGGAGGUCAGCUUUGGAGAUCUUCCUUACAGAUCAAACCAACUAUUUCCUCAACUUCAAUAAGGAGGUCCGAAACAAAGUAUAUAGUAAAAUAUUGUCGCUGCGUUCUCCAAAUAUUUCUGGGACCAGGUCUCCGCAGGAACUUUUUAAAGCUUCAGGUUUGAUGCAGAAGUGGGUGAAUAGAGAAAUAUCCAACUUUGACUACCUUAUUCAACUCAACACAAUGGCAGGACGAACUUACAAUGACCUCGCUCAAUAUCCCGUGUUUCCCUGGAUUUUACAAGAUUAUACUUCAGAAGAACUGGACCUGAAUAAUCCUGCAGUCUUUAGGGAUCUUUCCAAACCCAUAGGGGUGGUCAAUGAAAAGAAUGCGAAGGCUGUGAAAGAGAAAUACGAGAAUUUCGAGGAUCCCCUAGGGAUAAUUGACAAAUUUCACUAUGGGACACAUUACUCAAAUGCUGCUGGUGUCAUGCAUUAUCUCAUUCGGGUAGAACCUUUCACAACACUUCAUAUUCAACUGCAAAGUGGCAGAUUUGAUUGUGCUGACAGGCAGUUCCACUCUAUUCCUGCUACCUGGCAGGCACUCAUGGACAACCCCAAUGAUGUCAAGGAACUUAUCCCAGAGUUCUUCUACUUCCCAGAGUUCCUGGAAAAUCAAAAUGGUUUUAACUUGGGUCAGCUUCAAAUAUCCAAAGAGGUAGUAAACGAUGUUGUUCUCCCCAAAUGGGCCCACUCCCCAGAAGACUUCAUUUAUAAACACAGGAAGGCUCUGGAAUCUGAGUAUGUUUCUGCUCAUCUUCAUGAAUGGAUAGAUUUGAUUUUCGGCUACAAGCAGAGAGGACCAGCUGCAGUGGAGGCACUCAAUGUGUUCUAUUAUUGUACUUAUGAAGGGGCUGUGGAUUUGGAUGCUUUAACAGAUGAGAAAGAAAGGAAAGCAUUAGAAGGGAUGAUAAAUAAUUUUGGACAAACUCCCUGUCAACUGUUAAAGGAGCCCCAUCCGCAAAGGCUUUCAGCAGAAGAGGUAGUGCAAAGACUAACUAAAAGCGAUACCUCUACUCUGAAUCUCUUCCAACACCUCACUGAACUGAAGUCAUUCUUCAUAGAGGGAAUCAGUGAUGGUGUGCCCAUUGUCAAAGCUGUUGUCCCCAGGAAUCAGUCACGUUCCUUUAUUUCUCAGGGAAGUCCGGAAAUCUUGGUAACAGCAAGUCUGAACUGCGUUAUUGGAACUCAUGGUUGGCUGCCUUAUGAUAAAAAUAUCUCCAACUAUUUUACUUUCAUCAAAGAUACCACAGUGACAAAUCCCAAAACACAACGCAACAUGAGCGGUCCUUUUGCACCAGGGCUGGAGAUCACCUCUAAGUUGUUUGCAGUAUCCCAUGAUGCAAAACUGCUCUUUAGUGGAGGACACUGGGACAAUAGCAUCAGAGUGACAUCCCUUACAAAAGGCAAGCUGAUUGGACAGCACAUCAGGCACAUGGAUAUCGUGACUUGCUUGGCAAUAGACUACUGUGGAAUUCAUUUAAUUUCAGGCUCCAGAGAUACUACCUGUAUGAUAUGGCAAAUAAUUCAGCAGGGAGGAGUACCUGUAGGCCUGUCACCUAAGCCAUUACAGAUCCUUUAUGGGCAUACUGAUGAAGUUUCGAGUGUUGGCAUCAGCACUGAACUGGAUAUGGCAGUGUCGGGAUCCAGGGAUGGGACUGUUAUUGUCCGCACUAUUCGGAAAGGUCAGUACGUGAGGACUUUGCGACCACCUUCUGAGAGUUCUCUCCUGCUGACUGUUCCCAAUCUGGCUGUGUCCUGGGAAGGCCAUAUAGUUGUUCACACCAGCAUAGAAGGGAAGACUACUCUUAAGGAUAAGAAUGCAUUGCAUCUCUAUUCCGUCAAUGGAAAAUACCUGGGUUCUGAGACUCUGAAGGAGGAAGUGUCAGAUAUGUGUGUGACUGGCGAGUUUAUCGUGAUGGGCAGCUUACAGGGAUUUCUUUCCAUACGGGAUCUCUACAGCCUAAGUCUGAGCAUCUCCCCCUUAGCCAUGCGACUGCCGAUUCAUUGCAUUUCUGUCACCAAAGAGUAUAGCCACAUCCUUGUUGGCUUGGAGGAUGGCAAGUUGAUCAUCGUUGGUGUUGGCAAGCCAGCAGAGAUGCGCUCAGGUCAGCUUUCCCGAAAGCUGUGGGGAUCAAGCAAACGGCUCAGCCAGAUUUCAUCAGGAGAGACUGAAUAUAACACUCAAGAUUCCAAGUGAUUGCUGCUUCUGUCUUCUCUCAUGGAUUCCAGAAACAUGUUCAAUCUUUUGGUCACUUUAAAUGUAUAUCUCAACUUUCAGGGGCUUGAUCCUUAAGUCUGUUGAAGAUGAACCUUUGGUAGAGGUAUAGUAAUAAGCAUAUGUAUUCAUGCAAGUUAGUUAGCUUGCUUGCAUAUUUUUUGUGAACCGUUGACUUGGUCCCAGCAGAAUCCUUCUCUAAAUAGCUGCUAAAACUGUGUGGCAUAAAAAGCCACAAAGCUAAAAAAACCCAAGCAAACACAGCAACCCAAACCUCCAAACCCAAACUUGCUCAUUGAGACUUAAGAUAAGUAGUAUAUUUGAUUUAAAGCUUAAUAGGGCCAGAUGCUCCUUGAUCACAAAGAAGAUAUUUGGUUUUGAUUUGACAGCAUUGUAAUUCCGCAGCAGUAAAUUAGAAUUCCAGCAGUUGAAGCGGUUUGAUUCAAAAUUGGGAUAACUGAUCGUUAUGACUUUCUCAAUAUGUUUUUUAGCCCAGUGAACAAUUUAUUGCAAUUUGUUCCUGUAAAUGGCUAUUGCUAUCUUCUUUUAUGUAGUUCCAGUUUUAGGCUGUUCUGCAAGGAACAUCUGUGUUGUACUACUUGAUUAUCAGAACUUGUUUAAAGUGCAGACAUGAAUAACUUCAAAGGAGUUGAAGGUGUUGAAAGAGCUGAAGGAGGUAGGAUAUACUUGCUGCUGAAAAUUAUUUAUAUUGCUAAGUAGGUUAAGGCACACACAAAAAAAAUCCCAUAAUAUAUUAUGUAUCUUGAACACAGAGGAAGAAUUGGUAUUUAUAUCGGUUGAAGAUCAAUCUGCUUCAUCAUUAAGGCAAAUCCUAGAAACAGAUAAAUUUCCACUGUGAAAUCAUUUAAACAACAUUGCAGCACAGUUUGAUUUAAUAGCAUCUGUUUGAUUCUUGGCUUGGUGUUCACCUAAGCUGUUGUUAGCCAUAUAUUUUUUCCUGUAAAAACAAGCAGGGAAGCAGAUAAUGUGUCCAUUUUCAAGAUAUGUUUAAGACCUGGAAAAAGAAAAUACCAGAUCCUUAAGUGCACUAUAUCCAACAAAAUAGUUUGGAUUGUAUGCUGUAAUUUAGAAAAGCCCUUACUGAUUUUUUUUUGGUUGUUUUAGUGUUAUGGGAUGAUAAAAGGGUGUGUAUUUUCCUCUCGUUCUGACAUUUAUGUAAUUGAUGUUAUUGAUUUAAAUGAUAAACCCCAUACUAUUAGAAAAGCCUGGUGCUGAGGGGAAAAAUAUGAGGUUUUGGAUAAGUGUGCAAAGGUAUGUGUGCAUGUGUAUAUAUGUGUGUGUGUUUGUGUAUAUAUCUAUGUAUAUACAUGUAUGUAUGUCUAUUAAAAUGAGAAAAUGUCAUGGGGUAAGGGGAGUAUAGAUGUCAGGCAGAGCUAUAAGUGAUUGUUAACUAGUAUGUUCCCUUUUGGCUACCCCUUUCUUCCCUCAACCAUUGCUUUUCUUCUUAUUAUUAUUUAUUUAAGAAUAUGAAUGUGCAUUGUAUCUCCUAUAAAUAUUAUCAUAUAUCCCCUGUGGCUGGGGAGCUGUUGAACUACCUGAGGAACUCUAUAAUGUAGAAUCUCAUUUCAUUAACUUUUAGCACAAUAUUUAUUAACUUUGUAGAGUAGUAAUACCUCCUGUGUCCCGCAAAGGAUAAUCUUUACAAGUACCAUUAAUCUCAUUAAAACUGCUUUUUCCUCCUCGAUUUCCUUACUGGGGUGGGGGAGGGGGAAAUUCCAUCUUAAUGACUGAUUACUGUGCUGUGUUAAAACAAAAGCGCGUUGUUUUUUCUUAACUUUUAUAAACAAUAUAAUAAAUCAGACUAGUGAACAAGUGGGUCUAUGCAUAGUUGCAAUAUUCUAACUAAUCACUGUGACAGACAAGAUCAUCUGGGAAGUUAGGGAAAAUAAGAAUUAUUUCCUUGAGUCAUUUGCCAAGAUAGCAUUAAAUUUCCACAAGUAGAGCAGUGUGAGCUUUUUCAGACUCUAUGUAUGGAAAAAAUCCCACGUUUUCAAAUAAGCUAUGGAAAAGUGAAAAAUACCAUUUUUUGUCAUUUACCUAUCCAGUAAGAAUACUGAGGAUACUCUGGAAGUACGAGGUGUGUAUAUGAGAAUAUGAAGUAUGUUUGUCCGUUAUGAUUUCAUGAAGAAGGGAUUUUGGGGGAACUCUUUCAAGAGUAGUGUAGAAGAAUUUCAGCUCAGAAUGUAAGAUUUUUCUGUGUUACGGGAAGUUGAGAAAAACUCACUUGGGGCAUUGAGUUGAUGUUUUUUACAAGUAUGCACGUGUUCUAUUUAAAUGAAUACACGAAGGUAAGUGUUUACUUUCAGGAUAAGGGUCAGGGAAUUACGAUGUUUUGGGCUAGCAGAAUCAAGCAGAAAAAUUGAAGAGAUAGAUCUGUUGUGGUGGUAGAUGAGAACAUGGGGAGGGGUUUGUCACUUGCAAAGAGAGGUUCACAUAAGGGUUUGAAAAUGUCCUACUGUGGAUUAGGUAUGUUUAUACAACAGUGGAAUUCACGUGUUUAAUAGUGUAGUAUUAAAGAAUACUGAGUACACUGUGUCAGUUUAAGUAAAAUAUAAUGUAGUUGCAGUAAUGGCGGAUGAAAGAGUACGUGGUGGAGGGCUUUGAUCUUUGAGUACUGUCAUUUCCAUGCAUCACAAGCGUUAGGUGAUCUUCACAAAUAUCUAGGAAAGGUUUGAAUGCAGACAAUUCUUGGGCUGUCAGACUUGAGGCUUCUGCUCUGCACAAGCAGCAGCAGCAGAAUGAGGAAGGGGCCGGAUGAACUGUGAGCUGCUUCUCGCUCUGUGCAGAAUGGCGACAUCCAUUGCCUUUUGAUCUUCCAUCUGGAUCUUGAGGAUAGGAGUUGUAUACACCAUCACCUGCUUAGCGUUCUUCCGAGAGGCCUUCUGGAACGAUCCCCAUAAGUUUGAAGGUCUGCCUUUUUCUAAAACCAGCUUUAAAUAAAAGAUGCAGGUGGUCUUCUGGUAUGUUGUUUCUUUUGUUUUUAACUACUUUGAAAAAGAUUUGAAAUUUAACUUCUUUGAAAAAAUUUGAAAUUUUGUGAUCAGCUGUUUGGGUUGGUCGAAUUGCUGUCUGUUACACACUGUGAAUUAGUGAACUGGCUUUCAUAAUUCUUGAUUCUUCUCAAAAGCUUAGGAUCAUUUAGUUUUUCUCAUAGAGUUGGUGAAAUAAGAUUCUCCUUUAUUUUUGAACUACUGUUUAUUUAAGCAUAAAAAAUAAAGCUGUGAGAUGAGAGAAUUCUUAUUAGGUAUUCAGAAUUAAGAAGGCUUAAGUGGUGGUUAUUUUGUUACACUACAUUUGUCAAGAUCUUGGUGGUAUCUUCUUACAUUUAAUUUUUGGAACAACCCUAGUGAAUAUUUAUUGGAGUUUAAGAUAUGUUUAUCUCUUAAGCUGAGUAAUUAAGUAGGAAUGUAAAUAUACAUAUCUAAAAGAAACUGAAAACUGACUCUCUUUUCAUAUCUUUAUGUAAAUGAGAUCAGGUGCUUAGUGGCAUUGAGUUCCCAGUACAUUGAGCUAGUAGUUUUGAACUUGCAUACCAAAGAAUAUUUAGAAGACAUCUCUCCUUUAUUUAAGCUAAAAGUUUGUUAAAUUUCUCAUCAAUUUAUUUAUAGUUCUUGAUAGUAUGUUUGGUUGUCUUUUUAUCUACAGUGAAGAAUCUCAUCUAGUCUGUGCAGGUUUUGUACUAUACGAGCAUUCAGAAAGUGAAAUGCUUGCUAUUCAAAUUAGUAUCUGUCUUAUGAAAUUAUUCUAUUUCAGUAUUCUUGUUAUCUACUACUCAUAGGGUAUCUAAAAACCAAGUCUUCUAUCAUCCACUGCUUUACCAACACCAGCACAAAAAAGUAAUCACAAUCUUAAACUAACUGCACUUCUCCUGAUGGUUGAUACACAUUGUGGAAAUCAGGUUUUAGGAAGCCCGUUAUGAUUUAAAAAAAAAAAACAAAAAACAAGCAAUACACAUUACAAUUGUUUUGCUCAUCUGCAACACUUGUAUACAAGCUUUUCUCCCCAGAAUGCCUUAGAUCAUGAACAAUAUCACAAAACAGCUUUAUCAAAAUAUUUACAGGCUUCAAAUAGUCUACUCAAUUUGCUUCUUUAUAAGGAUCCUCUUCAAAGUUUUAUUUCUGUGUCCUUUAAAUGAAGUGCAAAGAACUAAGUUUCUGUGCUGUAAAAAUUCUGUAUGGGUCUGGUAAUGGUCUUAAAUCAGUCUGCUUUAAGGUAGUCCUGCAGGAAUGACAAAUCUGUUUUUAUUUGUAAUGCACAAUAAUUAAGUAGGUCUUUUAAUUCUUUUCUUAGUCGAUGGGAGCUCUAUACCUUACUUCCCUAGACAAGGUCUCACUCCUCCCUGUUUGCUCUGCAAGUCUUUCCCUAUCUCAAUUAACAAAAUAAUUAGAAAAUAUACAUACAGGAACCAAAUGCUUCACAAAACAUUUACUGUGUAUGUGUAUUUAGUUGAAAAUGUGUGUCUGUAUAUGGAUUAUGGUAUGGUAGGGGGCUUUAGAGCCAGGGAGGGGAGCAGAGGAGGUGUCAACCUCCCUCUGCUGCCACAUUGAGAGUCUGUAUAGAUACUUGCUCUGUAUUGGCACCUGAAGGUACUCCUUCCUUACACUGUUAAAGGCACCUUGCUGGGCAGAUUAGAUGCUGAAGUGAGGUGCUGUGAAUAUAGUUUUUAGCUUUCAAAGACUUUAAAAAAAAUGCACAUAAAAAUGCAUAUCCUAAUGUGGACCUAAGGCCUGACCUAAUAAAUAGUGUUAGGUGAAAGCACCCACUAUUCAAUUGGGUUGAAAUUCAAGCAUGUAAUUCAGUGAUUUCUAGAAUGGGGUUUUCGUAAGUUUUGGUUUAAAAGCUAUUUCAGUUUCAGCUAUAAACGUGGCACUGGCUAGUAGUCUUCUUUUGGUGAAAGUAAUAGUUUUUGUGCAGUCAUACACAUGUGGGUUCAUUGUAUACCAAUGUUAGACUCAUCUGAAGUGUUUGGAAUGUCUUUACUUCCAUUCCCAGGAGUCAAAUUCACCUUAUUGUUACUAGUUGCCCUUGUAAGCACAUACUUGUAAAGGAAGCAAGGAUUUUCUGAAAAGCUACUGCAGUUAAAAAGAAAAAAGGGCAAAUACUGUUGUCCCUUUCUUCAGUAUUGUAGUCAUUGGAUGCCUGAAUGCAGAACUGCCUCCGAGUGGCAGCACAGCACACCUGCACAGUUUGAGUCGAGUGCGGUUCAUCUUACUGCUGUCUUGAACACCCUGUACGUGAGGAGCUGUUGUGUUUAAUGAAAGGUACCCUUUGUUCAGUUUUAAUUCACCUCUUUGCUGAGCAUAUGUGGAAGAAAACUGGUGUCUUUUCUUUUAGUUGCCGUUUACCCAAAUGGCUCAGAUCAAAUGGAUAUUUCAGUUCUUUUCUUCAGGAGAUGGUUCCUUGAGUUGGGUAUUCUUUUUACUUUUGCCUACCAGACUUGUGAACUUUGGCAAGUAUUUCCAGAGCUUAGGUCUGUGAUUACUCUCAGCAAAGACACAAUUUCAUAAUAUGUCUUCUAUCCCAGAAGCACAGUUGUCAGUAUAGGUUAAGGUUUAAAGCUGCUAAGGUGCUUUGAGAUUGAAAUAUUAAAUGUCCAGCCAUAUAUAUAAUAGAUAUAACUGAACUUAGAGGCCACUGGUUCAUUUAGCAUCCUAUCUAGUCAGUAUUUUCCUCUUAAGGGAGCCAUAUUUUUUACCUUGAAGUAACUUUUUAAAAUAAACUUACUCUUCCACCUGACGAUACCGCUUUAGUCACACGUAGCUGUGAGCUGUUGCUUAAAGAAAGCCAUGAGAGAAAAAAACAUUCAAGGAAAACUUGCAAUAUGUGUUCCAAUUCAAUCCUUCACUAUGCAGGAGUAGCUUAAUAUAAGAUUAGAGAAAUGCUGCUUGUAAGAUUUACCUCCCUUUGGGCAGUUGGUUGGUGGAAGCUGUGAUGCUACUCAGUUUGCUUGAUGAAUUUUUAGUAAAGCUAAUGAGGGUGUGGAAACAAAGGCCUUACAAUUACCAUAUCUUCUGAUAAUUCCUACAGAUUGUGCAAUUACAUGAUUACAAAUGGAUUUUUAAAUGCCAAAAAAUGCCUUUUUUAAGAGUUAAGUGUUAGGUCUGACGAGCGUUGGAAAUGCCUACUUUAAAAAAUGAGCCUUCAGGCACUGUAAUGAACUUGCUGUCAGUCUUCUGUGCAAUAUCUUUUUCCCCUCUGGGCGCUUUAAGAGAAUACUGUAUGUCUUAUUUUGUUUUGAUCAAUAAGUUUUAAGAGUGUGUAUAUUGGCUAAUGAUGGAAUUUUUUUUUCUGUACAGCAUGGUGGAAAAUGUUUUAAAAUUUUGCACUUUUCUAGGAUUUGCAAGUUUGUAACCUGACAAUUUUUAACCUGCACAAUUUUGUACAUAAUUAGCAUUGUAUAUAUUUAACACAGAUCUGAAGCAAAUAAAAGUAAUUGAAUGCGUAACUUCUCUCUUUAUUUAUA